GCAUGUGAGUUCUCUGUGGACGUUGUGUUGGGGUUCAAGACAGCAGGGUGAGGAUCGGGGCUUAGAAAGGAAACAGACGGACAGAGAGCUGAUCAAGAUGAGGUCUGUGGUGCUACUCGUUUUGGCUUUUACCUCAGCCAUGGCAAUACGACAACGGAGUCGAUUCACGCGUUAUCGAUCGUGGAACACUCGGUCGUAUCCGGCGUGGCAAGAUGGAGAUCCGAGAUUCAGAGACUGUUGGUUUGGGGGUGAGGUGUCCUUUGAUCUUAAGAAUGACGCCCCAACUCUGACUGGAGCAAAGGCAACCUUCAAUAUCAAUCUCAACUUCCCGCCAAACCAGACCGCGCUGCCUGAUGGGCAGGUGGUGUGGGCGCGUAACUGCACAGUCAAUGGACGCAACUAUCAGGAGGGGCAGGCCGUGUAUCCAGAACGAGACACUGAGUGGACCGGAGCGUUCCCUGACGGCACGCCUUUCACCAGGAACCAGAGCAGGAGGCCCCAAUAUGUGUUCGUGUGGAAGACAUGGGGGCGUUACUGGCAGGUGGCCGGAGGACCGUCGUCCUCACUGACCAUCGGAACUGACAACGUCCCCCUGGGCUCCUACAGCAUGGAGGUGGUCAUCUAUCACUGUCGCGGGAGAGACAAGUUCAUCCCCCUUGGAUACGCCUCUUCAGUUUUCUCUAUCACAGACCAGGUCCCAUUCAGCAUAUCUCUUGCUCAAGUCAAUGACGUAAAUCAAGACGACCAGAACUUCAUCCAGAACCAAGCCAUUGCUUUUAGCGUCGCGCUCCAUGAUCCCAGCCAGUACCUGAACACUGCAGAUAUCAGUUUCACCUGGGACUUUGGGGACCAGAGUGGAACGCUGAUCUCCAGAGAGCUCUCUGUCACACACACGUACCUGUCGGUAGGAACCUUCAAACCUCAAGUGGUUCUGAUGGCAAGUAUCCCCAAUGGCUGUGGAGACCCCACUGCUGCUGUUCCUAUUGAUACCUCCGUUGCUCCAACUGUGAGUAAUAUGGCCUCCACACCUGCAGCCGUUCCAGCUGCAGCAGCCAAGGGAGAUGCAAUUGCUUUGGAUGUUCCUGCCUCUGAUGCUACUCCACUUGCUGCUUCUGUGGCGCCUGCAGAUGCAGCUGCAGCUGUGGACACAGCUGCUGUAGAACCUGCUGUCGCUACAGACGCAGAGGUUGUUGAUGCAGCUGUUGUUCCAGCAGAGCAGAAUACUGCCAACACUGCUGCUCCUGCAACAGUAGAAGAUGUGGCUGCGGUGGAAACUGAUGCUGCAGCAGCAGCAGGUGUGGCCACUGUUGCUCCAGUCGCACCAGCAGCUGAAGAGCAAGUAGAUGUCGAAACAGCUGCUGAAGAUGCGACUGCUGUGGUGGCAGACGCUGCUGUGGAAGACGUACCUGUUAUCGAUACUGCUGCUGCUGCUGCUGCUUCAGUUGCCCCUGCUGUAGAGGGAGAACCUGCAGCUGAGGUUGCAGACGCUGCCACUGUUGCCCCUGUGGCAGAUGUGGCUGCUGUGACUGUUGCUGCAGCUGCUGAUGUGGCGGUUGCUGAAGCUGCUGCAGCUGCUGCAGCUGCUGAAGCUGCUGUUGCUGCCACAGAGGCUGUCCAAGCUGAGACCGCAGCCGCUGCAGAUAAUGUUGUAGCUCUUGCUGCCACCGAUGCCACACCUGUAGAAGAGGCAGCACCAGCUGAUGCUGCAGCUGAUACUGAGGCGGAAGUGCUGGAAACAGAAAAUGUAGCCGCAGCAACUGUUCCCACUGCAGUUGCAGUUGCAGUUGAAGGAACUGUGGUUCCAGCUGAGGGUGAAGUUCAGGCUGAAGAGGAAGCAGAUCCAGCACAGGUUCCCCUUGUUGUGGCCAAAAGACAGGCCCCAGAGCUGACACCGGACUGCACAGUCUACCGUUAUGGCUCCCGCGCUGCAUCCGUAGACGUUGUCCAGGGUAUUGAAAGUGUGGAGAUUCUUCAGAUGUCCAGUGUUUUACCAUUGACAACGGAGUUUGAUCAGAAUGCUGUAGACGUCACCAUUUCCUGUCAGGGAAGUCUGCCAAGCGAGGUGUGCACUGUCAUUUCUGAUGCUGACUGUAUCACACCAGUGCAAACCAUCUGUAAUCCAGCCACACCCACACCAGACUGUCAGAUGACCCUCCGUCAGUUCUUCAAUGACACGGGAGUGUUCUGCCUCAAUGUCUCGCUGACAAAUGACGUCAGUCUUGCUGUGGCAAGUGCUAGAAUCAAUGUAGCAGUAGCCUCCGGUGGUUCCCCAGCUGCAACUGCUGCAACAGUGUUGGGUAUUACGGCUCUCGCCUGUAUCGUUUGUUGCAUUGGUUUGAUGUACAGGCGCUUUAAGCAGUACCAGCCGCUGAGAGAAGACGGGAACGGAGGCAGCUUUGCUGUAACAUCAGUCCCUUUGCUGUUGUGGAACUUGCUGAGCAGACAGUCACCCGGAGAAAGUCGUCCACUGCUUCAGGGAAGGAUCGUGUGAAAAUCAUUAACAGUUUAUGCACUCAACAUGCACAACAUUUGCUAAAAUAUCAGCUUUAUGUACGUAACACUAUCUGUAGUGAUGCUGCACUUUGAGCCAUGAAACCAGAACCAGCUUAGUUGAGUGAAGCAGCUCCAUGUGCAACUUUUGUAAGAAUCAGGACUUAUUUCUGUCAAAUGGAACAUAUUGUUUAUUUUGUCUUAUAAUACCCUUAAAAUUGAUGCCAUUAGUUUAUAGAAGUGGUGGCAUUUCCUCUAUUUGGGGCCUGUUUAUACUUAAUCGAUUGACUAAUCAGUGGAAACUUAUUGCACCUCCAUUUCUUUGCAGUGUUAUUAAGAUAAAGUUUAUCACAAAACGUGUCCAUGUUUUACUAAGGAAAUAAAAUGAAAUUAAAAUUCAUCACAA